UAAAGAAGUAGUCGGCUUACAUUUUCAACUUUUAAAGGGACAGUACACCCCAAAAUCUAAAAUACAUUUUUAUCCUCCAGCGCAUACAACGGUUUUGUACAAUAUCAUAUAAGUUACUCUUUUACUCUUUUUUUUUUGCCGUUUUCCUACGAAUGCCAGCAACAAGUGUGAAUUUCCGCUCAUUAAAUGCAUACGAUGUUUUUCAAAAUAAACUUCCGUCUCCACAGGAAACAACUUAGUUUAGGUUUAGGCGUCAAAACUACCUGGUUAGGUUCAGGAAAAUAUUGUGAAACCCUUCGAUUUAGGCAACAGGUUACAUGACGAAUAAAUCAACGUUUACUUCUCAUUUAACACGGGAAACACAAACGUCUUUCUGGGUGAAAGAUCGCUGUUCCUUUUAGUUUUUUGUUUCUUUGCCAACAAUUGAUAUUGAUUAACAACACAGCAUAAAUAUGUAUUUUUGAUUUUGGGGUGAACUGUCCCCUUAAGGAUAACCCCCCCCAAUAAAAACAACAACACACUUGGCAUUAUGCAUUCACUUGCAGAGAGAUUAGCCUCUCUCGAGCUUAAACGCCACCAUUAGCAUUGCUUUUCCCUGCCGAUGAGGCAUUCAGGCGUCUGCUCCCCCUCUCCACACGCAGAGUAGUUUCCUUGUCGGCUCACGUGUUGUAUCAGACUGCGUUGGGGACUUUGAUAACGCCAUUUCUUUGAGCACUGUGCACAAUGACAUAUCUUUCCAGUGCUUGUUCCGUCAGUCACUAUUUCUGAAGGCUGUGGCACCUGUAUGCCAGAAAGUGCUAUGUGUUACUAUGACAAACCGAACUUAGCUGUUUUUAAUAUAUUGCGCUUUCAGUGUUUACCGCUCAUGUCUUUCAUAUUGACAUGCUUGUAAAAAGGCACUUAAUGGGAAUGUUGUUGUAUUAAAUCUGGUGGCACCAUUGCACUUUAUGCAGGUAUCUGAUUCUGGCAUCGUCUUCACUGAAGAUCAAUCAUUAGAUGAGUAAAUAAGUGACGACAAGGAAAACAUUACAUAUCACACACCCAUUUACAGCCAGACUUCACUCACUCGUUGCAGUUCAUCGUGGCACACUUUUACCAGGUGAAUAGGUCCAAACUACACAGUACUGUGUGUGUCUUCUUCAAUGUGAGGCAUUAUUUCACAGGGCACUCUGAGGACAGAGAGUGAUAAAGAGGCAGAGAAAGAAGGGGGGGCUGCAUGCUGCAAAGUGGGAGCUUUGAUGUUUUCCUGCAUUGAGAAUGGCAGUGUGUCGAAGAAAAUGUGAUGUGAAUUGUUGUUGUUUUUUGGCGAGACUUCACAUGAGUGGUGUUUCUCUUGCUUACCAUUUAAAAGAGGACAGUUUGUAUGGUAGCAGGGGGUCUUUUUAUCAUGUAGAUCCCAGCUGAGCUUCUCUGCACUCUUGUGUUGAGUGCCCCGUCAGCUCCUUUAUGCACUUACGUUUUCUAAACGAGAGUAAACGUGACCGGGAAAGACUUUUUAAAAAAACGUGGUCUUGUAUAAAGGACUAUGGCCGUGAUUGUAUGUUAAAGCUGAGGAAUGCCUCGUCAUGCAGAAACAGCAGUGUAGAUUAUAAGUAAAUUAUGAGGUCGAUUGAAACCCGUUGAAAUCAUUCUUUAAGAUUCACGAGUGUUCCAUCAGCGUGUGAGAAUUCAUUCCCCAUGAGAUGGCAGUGGGCAUUCGGGGUGGAAUGAAAUAACAAUAAGCUUGAGGGUCGCGAUAUUAUGUUGUGUGAUGCUGUACCAAUUUUCCAAAACACUGUAUUGAUUUUGAAUUAAUCGUUAACAUACAAAGGAUUCAUAACAGAGAGUGGCUCUGAUCUCACAGAAACAUUGUGCCACGAUGUCGGUUGUCACAGGGACAGGGGUCAAUGCAAAUGAAGAUCGCACUGUUCUGAUCCCACAUCUUUUUUUUUUUAACUCUCAGAUUUUCCGCAUGUGUUCUUCAUACUUCCGAUUUUUUUCCCCCCUAAAAUCAUACUUGUUGGUGUCUUGGAUGCAGCGUAAGAAUCCCUUCAUUGUGGCUUUAGAUGAUGGCCCUCUACAGAUCCGUGCGAUGCUUAUCCAGACACUUCGGGGGAGCUUCCAUGCCCCUCCAGAUAUGCCGAGCUCGGCCGGCUGUCCCCUCUCCCCGGUAAUUCUGAACCAGACUUAUCCAUCAGAGCUUGAUAAAGAGAAAAAAACAAAACUGUCAAGGCACUAAUGGUGAGUCUUGUACCCAAGUCAGUGAUGCAUUACUUUAUAAAAUGACACUGACGUGAAUGUUAACAACACGGGCUUUUGCUGAAAAUGACAUUUCUUUGGAAAUGGUUCCCAGAGUAAAAUCUUAAUUUAUCUAAAACUAAUAAGACUUUUUAAUUAAACCUCUCAGAUGUUAUCCCUGUGCUCCCUGCUCCGUACUGCCAGAGAUAUUUGUUAGGAGCACAAUUCAACAUUUUUGGAAAAUAUGCUCGCAUGCAAUACGAGUGAGAUAAGAGGAUCCAUAUAUCAAACUCAUGUCUGUUCAUUAAAUGCAGUCAUUAAAUGGAGUCAUGAGUCAUGAGUCAUGAUGCGGUUAGCUUAGCAUAGCAUAAAGACUGACACCAGAGGCGGAAUAAUGUUAGGUUGGCUCUGUGCAAUGUUCAAAAAUGCACCCGGUAACGCCUCUUAAGCUGACUCAUUUACACAACCCGUACAUAAACAGACAUUUGUUGUGAGGGGGAAUCGUGUGCAUGAACUAUUUCCUGGGGGAAAAAACCUGUGCAGCUGUAGUACAGAUGUGGAUGAAGGUUCUGGUCUCUGCACAGGCACAGUGGUGCCAAAUCUGUCAAAAUCAAUGUGAUGGCAAGACUUGGAGAAGCUUUGCACGAGCACUGUUGUUUGCCAAGAACAAAGUUCCCUUCUACAUUUUUUUCAAUGUUAUGCUUCACAAACAUAAUGAGGCUAAACUGAGUCCUACUUCACUUUGUGAUUUUAACACAACCCGUGUCACAGAAUUAUAGCUGCAGUAGUAUUAACUCGUUGGUUGGAAAUUUCAGGAAAUUGUUAACUUCGUGUAAUUGUCAAGUUAGAUUAAGCUUCGGCAUUACAGUGAAGACUCCACUUAUUAGGCCGGGACACCACACCACUGAAAAGGUCUUUAUUGCAGUGAUUGUAAUGGGAUUUCUCUUUUUGAAGCUUUUUUCAGCUUCCUCUUUUCCUCAAUAUUUUUUUUUCCCCUUCUCGACUUAGGUGCUUAUCUUAAUUGGGUUUUCGGUGGCAGAUACUCUGGAUUCUUUGGGGACAUUUCUUUUCAUCAGUGAAACACCAUGUAGCCCUUUUAGCCUUUUAAUUGUGAUUCGGAGCAAGACAAAACUUCACUCUUCACAUGUAGGUGUGUAUUUUCAUUUUUAACGACCAACUAUCGAGAAGAACUGAAAUAUGUCAGGAGUUCAGAUUGCACCUCGGAGCGACGGUACAUGUUAGUGGUCAUUUCACUGUCUGGAAUUCAACACAGGCCCUUGGGGUUUAUUCUGAUGAACACAGUAUGACAAAUAAAAGAAUCUACUGAAAUGAUAGAUCAUUCUCUAGAGUUAAAUAAUACAUGCAGAAAUUCUUGCUACCGGGGGUGUUUGCUUGGCUAAUGGAGUUUUUAUUUAUUCGGUCUUUAUUUUUUAUAUAUUUAUUUAUUUAUCUAUGAUAACCAUGCAUAAUCACUUCCUGCUUAGAGCAUGGUUAUGUGUACAUGUAUUUUUUAAAACAUAGAGUCAUAUCAGAAAAAGUAGUGGUGAUAUUAUGACAUGCUGCUCAUCAUGUCCUUUGUUCGUGAACAUCAUUUUGCAACAUUUAGCGUCACUUUCCAGCAGGCCUGCAGAGAUCGUGCCGUCGGGUUUAAAGUGGGCCGGGGGGGCAGGCGGUCCACAGUUGUGAGUGACUGACGCUACCUCAUGUCGUUUUCACUAUGAUAGACACAUUUCAUUUAGCAUUCUAAACACUGGCCUGGCACUCCGGUCCAAUCAGUUUGCCGGGUCCCGAUGGCCAGCUGGGGCCUGACAGUUUGUGUGAAAUGUGUUUCUUAAGACGGCAAAUGUCCUUCACUUGUGUGAACUCUCUGUGUGGAUUGAAUAGCUGAACCACUGCCAACUGGGUUUCAAUACAAUUGUGCUCAACACUUUCCUCCCUUCAUAACUUGUAUCCUCAAGAAGCAUAUUAACAUUUUUUAGGCAUUAUGUUUUCCCUCCGCGUGUUUUCGUCCUUUCUCGUGAACGCGAUAUCCGAGCAGCGACUGGAGGGAAUUUCUUCUUUUUGUUUGCAAUGACCAAAUGCAUUGUUGUGUUUAACCAGCAGGAGGCUACAAUGCACUUCCAGUGCUGGCAAUUUAAAGAAGAAGAAGAGGGCGAACUCAAAACAACACACUCGUAAAAUAUCUCUCUCUGCAUUUUCAGACGUCGUGGUCAACGCCAGCUUAUUUAAUUUGAGUUACUGGAGAUGAGAAAAAGGAGGGAAAAAACGAGAGCUCCGGUUUUGAUGAUGUAUUUCCCAGGUACGUCCUUGUCAGGGACGCAUCAAGACGCAUUAGCAUUUACACUAAAGAAGACGAGUGGUCGAAAGCACCCCAGGCAAUCUGGGCAAGUGGUUCGUGCUCAUUUACACUUGUAAAUGGGGCUGUCCACUUGUGAGCCGACCACUCAAUACGCAUGUUAGUGCCAGGUGUAAACAGGGUCUAUGUCUGGUAAAUGUACACGUACAAAAUUGGGAGCUUGAUUUUGGCUGUCCAUCCAUCUAAUAUUGCUUCUAAAAGUCUAAGUCACUCCUGGUCUGAUUUUGAAAGAACCUGGAGGGAUUAAGCACCUCUGAAUUUACACGAUUUAAAAGAGCUAAUGGGCUUAAAAGAGGCAUCUCGAGAAAAUGUCAGAAUUUGUAACUCAGAUGUUAUUAAUCAUAACUUGUCCAAUUUAAUGUAAUAUAGACAGAUAAUCAAUUUCAGUUCUCUUUCGGUUCCAGCUGGCCUUUAUAAUAUUACAGAUUAUCCUUAAGGGUUUUAUACUACAUAACUGACUUUUAACAAUGAGUUAGUUAACAUGUUGUCAUCGAUGGCAUUCGAGGCUGGUGACAAAACCUGAAUCGUGCAGUGCUUUAUAAAAGCAUGGGACCUUGUUAGAGUAGGGAACCCACUAUACUGAGACCAAUAUACUUGGAACAACAAAGCCAUUGAGAGCCCUGAUUUACCAUUAAGAACUGUAAGUAUUAGUGCUUGUUAUAAUAACAACAGAACAGGGAUUGCGCUAUGUUAAUUUUGUCUGAUUCUAUUGAGACUUUGUUUUUCUGAAAAUGGCAGAAAAAUGUCUGCUGAAUGCCAAGAUUCUUAGUAAAAACACUGAAUGAUGUAAAUGUAAUUCAUUUGACAGUUAAAGCUUUUGUUUGGGUUGUUUUUCGGCUCUGAUCUUGUCUCUACCACUGCGACUCUGUCUGAUUGUAUAGAAGUCUCUAAGAAUCUCGUAUGAUUUAUUACCUCAGAAAAAAUUGUAGUUCAAAAAUGAGUUCAUGGUCCCGAUCGUCUUCUUCAAUACGGCAUGAUGUGCAUUUAAUAGAUUAUUCCAAUUAGAGUACAAUAGAUGUUAGAGCAGGGUAUGCAUCAGGGACUUGGCUUGCUGGUGAUUGACAAGUCGCUACCAUGGCGUUGUCCCGUUUACAGUGUGUUAAGUGUAACAUUUUGUUGCCUAAAAAUGUCUCAUUCAGCUUCCAGUUGUAUUAACGCCACCUUCUUGUGUCACUUAUGGCUGCUGCAAAACCAAGAUGACGACGGCCAAAAUGACAAAAUUGAAGCUUCAAAACUGCACUCCAUAAACCAAUUGAUUUCACAGGGACUCGUCGACUAUGAUCGCAGCUUGUUUGCUUGAAACAGCUGGCUGCUGUGGCUCGAAACAACAUCAAUGAGAGUGGAGUUUACGGGUAUGGAAAACGAUAUCAUUGAAAUGAAAGAUGCCAAAAAAAUCAUUAUUUUUCAUAAUACAAUUAUAAUUUUUUUGACUGUUGCAAUAUUAGCUGUUAAAGUUUUGAGUCACUCCAACGAAUGGUUUUAUUUAUAGUGGACAUUAAUCUUCCUGAAAUGACUGUUCAGCAGAUAUCUGUAACAGGUUUCACAUCUCCGUGGCCCAGAAUAGAGCUUUGAGAAACAUGUUUUACAUCAGAAUUCAGAAAUGUAGUACUGUUGGCUCUUUCUUUGCCUGAUUUCACUGAGGAGUGGAAUUAGUUUUCUCCAGAUUCCUGCUGGACAUAGACAAAAGGUGAAUUACAAAAACAGUUUAAUUAAAACAACAACAAAAAAAAGAAGUAGUUAUAUUCAUACCCCCAGUACAGCAUUACAGCAGACAUAACACGACCUUUUGAGCGGUGUGUAGCUCCGCAGUGACAAGAUGAACAUUAGCCAUAGCAUGGUACCUUGCGAUAUUGCAAGGCUCGUCUCUUUUAAUUAGCCUCCUGAUGUAGAUUCAGCAAAAAAAGGUCGGUUCAUGACCUAUUGAGUUAUUCCUGUUGGACAGUUUGAAGGGAAAUUGAUUUCAGUGUGACAUGUUCCUUUUCUUUAAAUUAAUGUCAAUGCACUUCGCCUUCCAACAACUAACUGCAUCAUACAUAGUUUACAAUGAGAACACACACUGAGAUGUGAACACGUACACUAAAGCUUCAGAGUUCAGUCUAUAGAUUGCUCCCCAGGUGACAUUAUGUUUUACUUAUAAACAGGAGCGAGCAGCCAUGUCGGGUAUAAAGAAGCCAGCUUCCUCCAUCUAUAACAAAAGCCCACAACAUCGAGGGACGUCCAACUGAUUUUACCCGUUAUUGCAUUGCUUCUUCUGUGUUGACAUUGAUGAAUGGAACGGGACAGUGCUCUUGAAGUCUAGUUGCAAAACUAGAUGGCAAAGUAAAAAAAAAGGAAAAAGAAGAACUGCUAAUGGCAUGUUAUUGGCAAAUCAUGACAUUGAAUUUUUUAUUUUACAGUGUAGCCAGAAAUGUAAACUGAUUUUGUACAUACCUUAUAAGGCUUCAAAUCAAGGGCAGGUCUCACGCAAGUCAAUUCAACUCAACUUUUUGCUUGUGCUAAUGUAGUUAAUGUCUAGCGAGUGGUAGCAGCGGACGGAAGUGAUUGCACUCACUCUUGACUGUACUCGUCAGAGGGUUGGUGCAGUAAAUGUCAACAGAAAACACAUCGCUGGCACCAAACGUUACUGCUUUGCCUUACUAGUUUCAUGGAACACAGAUCAUGCGGAGUCUGCAAAUCUCAAUGUAAAAUCCUCUGAGAUGCUUCUCAUUGAGAUGCACAUUCCUGCUUCUCCACCCACUCCCCCGCCCCCACGCCAUCCAAGCCAGGACUCAAAUAAUUGGACCCUGGAUUCGUGCAAAUGUGUAAACCACAAGGACGGUAAACAUUAGUGCUGAAGUAGUUGGUAGCGGCAUGAAAGUGCUUUAAAUCUUCUGUGUAAUUAUUUUUUAUAGUGUCAAACUGGAUUUUUUUCUCCUUGUACAUUUUGCUGCUGAACAUGAAAUAUGAAGGAGAGAAAAAAAAAGUAUGAAUCCGUAGCCUAGUUACUAAACAAAGUCUGAAAGGAUGACUCAUUUGGUAUUGUUUUCAGCUAUUGACCUAGAUGCGUUUGAGUUGUGUCUGCCGUGCUUCCUUGCUGCUGAUAUAGGCAACCACACAUUUAGGCACUGUAUAUACCCAGACAAAUUAGUGAAAAAAAUGUUAUGGAUAUCAAUCCUAGCUUAAAUGUCUUCACUUCCUCUAUAUAAUGCAGCAUUUUUUGCCUCACUUUUUCCUUAUUCCUUCACAGUUUUACCAAUGGCUGUGUAGCAUCAAGGGCCCCACUUCCUUUAUCCCACACCAGCUGUAUUAAUACAAGACGCAAACAUGACAUGAUACAGGGCACUGAAAAGAAAAACCCGAGACAAAUAAAGUAAAGAGAACAGCCCAAAUCCUGUGACCCUCCCAGUUUUAAAUGCUCUCUCAGGCAGAAACCAAAGGUCUGCUGGCCAGCAAAAACACACCACCACCCAAGGCCCUGACCGAGCAAAAUCUCGAACCAGAAACCAUUUAAAGAACAAGAAAUGUCCUACUGAUUUGAAUAACCUUUGUAAAUUGGCUGACAAGUGCUUGUAACCUUUUUUUUGUUGUCUUUUCCCAAACAAUGAUUAUCUGAAGCCACUUCUUCCUCCGAGGUGCAACAUGCCACAUUCACAGAGUUCUACAGCAGCUCUUUGAAGUCCAUGAGCAAAAUGCAAAGCACACUCGGCACUUAUGUUUUCACAUCAAUGCUAAUACAGUCAUGAAUUCAUCUGGGUCGAGGGUACGAUCGUUAUAUCAGGAUGAAUGUCUCCAUUGUUGUGGAACCAGCUUAAGGCCAAUAUUUAAAAUUCCUCUUUGCUCUAGCUGUGCAUCGCCAACAUUUUUAUGAAGACAUGCAAGCCGUCUGUAUAUUAUAGUUUAGCAACCUCCUUUUCAUCCUUUCCGAAUGGAGAUUUCUCCGUUAUCACAAAUUAGUUCUUCUGUAGUGUCUGUCUUUGCUGAAAAGGCCCAUGCAUUCUUUUUGACUCUUCCAUAAGUCAGUUGCCCUUCCUUAAGUAGUUUGGUUGUGAAGCCAAUGAGAAAGUGCCUUGAACUUGAAUUCGUUCUAAUGAUCACCAGCAGAGGGGGAUUCCUCUGUUUGCAAAAAGCAGUCUGAUUGUGUAGAGUGCUGCAGGAAUAAGUCCUAAAACCCAGAAAUGAGUCAGCAUUUUUGCAGCUCUGGUUCCCUGUCUCAAAGUCUUUUGAAUCUUUCAAUGUUAUUUUUUAGAUAAAGUAUGUGGUUAACACAUGUUUUAUGAUUUUUAUGUUUUUUUCUACGACAUAGUUGUGUGUGUUUUUGCCCUGGAACUUUAAACCUUUUUCAUAGUGUGUUUUUCAUUGAAAGUUAUUUGGAAUCUUUUUGGUCGCCUUAAAAAUGCAUUAUUCAGCCUUAACUUAUACUCCCGUGUCACUUCGGGUUCCAAAAGAAACAAAAUGGUGAUGGUCGAAAACCAACAUGGGGAAGGCAAAAAUGCCAAAAAGUAGGCUUCAAACCCACAGUCCACAAACCAGAGGGUUAAGUCACGGUGACUACGUCCACUUCUUCUACACAGUCUGUGUGGCCGACAGUUUCCUGAUUAGACCCCAAGGAAAAUAACCUCACCCGCCAGAUGGUUUGUUACACAGAACCAUCUGAGAAGCCGCCAUUGGAAUCCGUGUGGAAAAGGGCAGGCUUUCAAAAAGUAAGUGGCAGGUGAUUGGUUGAACUAUCUGUCGAUCAAACUCUUACCGAAGCUAAUUGGGAGAAGAGCAAAAACAUAUUUUCCAUUGAGACAACUGAGAAACCUGUAGCUCCUUACAGGACCCCGGUUGGUCCGUGUUCCGGCUUAACGCCCCACCAAACGUGUCACUCGAAGUCUGACGAGAUCGAGUUCUGUAUGAUAUAUUUUCCAGCGAUUCUCACCUGAUCUGAUGACAUCCCGAGAAUCCAGCUGUCGGGCAAAGGUAACAAGGAAAGGAGCUUUUAGAUGUGGAGAUGAAAAUAAACGUUCAGGUGUGUUUGUCGGCUCAAACAUUGUGCUUUUUUUGCCCUCUGGUCUUCGCUCUGAUGGUUUUCCAGACAUGUCAUCUCUUAUGUGAUAAAAUAAGGACCAUCAAGUGUCAGAUUUGAAAGUGGUUUAACACCAUUUCAGCUGCUGGGACAAACACUUUUGAGCGCUGAAUGUUUCUGGAGUGUGGUGGAAGAGGAAAGGUUAUCAUUACUUUGACAUAAUCCCACAGGGGGGCUUUUAAGGCUUUCUGUUGGGAGGGGUGUUGUGACUUUUUUACUCCACAAUGUUUUGAGCCAUACCGCUGUUUUGAUUGAUGCCAAGAUGUUGACCUGAGGCUGCUGCCAGGACACAUAGUGUGAUGAUGAGUCACAUACUUCGGCGAAAAGGGUCAGACUGCAAACCUCUUGCACGUUGGCAUUAAUAGGUCAUCUCGGCUGUGCCACAGUGCAUCUAGGUGGAACAGUUCCUGUGGAAAGGGGUCUCUCUCUUUUUUUUUCUUUUUACAUUGCACAUGCAACCCUCAAAAACGAUUCCUUUCGGACGAACUGUGGGCGGAGGAAGUGGGAUUUGAAUGUCAAGUAUCAUGUGUCUAGGCAAAAGUUUCUUGUUGAGUUUGCAAACCCCAUCAGUUCUCUGCAGUCUUUAGUGUACCACCAUCUGGUCCACAGCUGAAAAUUAUUAAGAUCGGCUGGAACUUCCUCCGCUCUAUUCCUCCCCAGUUUGAAGACAAGUGGAAUAUAGGCAGACACUCCGGAGGGACCUCGGAGACACACAUUUUCCACUAUGAACCGCGCCUUCAACAGGAAAAAAGAUAAAUCAUGGAUGCACACCCCGGAAGCACUGGCCAAGCAUUACAUACCCUACAAUGUCAAGUUCCUCGGAAACACAGAGGUUGAAGCCCCAAAAGGCACAGAAGUUGUGAAGGAUGCAGUCAGAAAGCUAAAGUUUCAGAGACAUAUCAAGAAGUCAGAGGGACAGAAGACCCCUAAAGUGGAAUUACAGAUCUCCAUUUAUGGCGUGAAGAUACUAGAUACCAAGACUAAAGACGUGCAGCAUAACUGUCAGUUGCACCGGAUAUCCUUCUGUGCGGAUGACAAAACUGAUAAAAGGAUAUUUACUUUCAUCUGCAAAGACUCAGAAUCCAACAAGCACCUCUGCUUUGUGUUUGACAGUGAAAAGUGUGCAGAAGAGAUAACUCUGACAAUCGGCCAGGCGUUCGACUUGGCCUACAAGAAGUUCCUGGAGUCUGGAGGCAAAGACGUGGAAACCAGGAAACAGAUUGGGACCCUGCAGAAACGAAUUCAAGAGCUGGAAUCAGAAAACUCUGAGCUAAAGCAACAGCUUCAAGACCUUGAAGAGCAGCUGAUGAUAGCUCAUGUGCCACCACCGCUGCACAUAAACGCAGAGAACGAAGCGUACAUGCUGCAGAGGCCCUCCUCUCUCUUCUGGUGCCACAGCAUCAAGUCCUUCUCCUGUCUGGAGAUCUCCUCUCUCACGCUCACUCCCAUGAGCUCGCCGGAGUCCAACAUGUCCAGCGGGCUACUAACUCCUCCUCCGCCUGCCAAACCUGCUCUGCUUCCUCCUAAGCCUACCGAGGGGUGCAGCAUCCCGCGACCUCGCGGAGGGAGCAUCUCCAUGAAACCACAGAAACCGACAGACGUUUUCGACAUGGUCCCCUUCUCCCAUGUGACACCGCUGGCUCCCACAAUGCUCAGUAACGGCUGCCCACCACCGCCACCGACCACUUUACCACCAGACAUAAGGAAAGACCUGUUCGGUGCGGAGCCGUUUGAUCCGUUCACCUGCGGGUCAGCUGACUUCCCUCCAGAUAUUCAGUCGAAGCUGGACGAGAUGCAGCGUCAGAGAUGGUUCGUACUCUUUGCUCUGCUUCUAUAUCUGUGCUGUGCCCGUGGUUGUGUCUUUGUCUCGCAUGCCUGUGGAGGACGUCGAAUGCUCCCACACACACUGCGUGAUGUGAUUCACCUCUUCCAUCAUCUCUAAAAUGUUCCCCUUUGACGUAGUAGAUAUUUAGUACAUUGUGCCCGAGCCUCAUUGUCUUUAAUUAGCAGUUUGUCUUCCCAGCUCCCUUGCUCUGUGGUUAAUGAGCUGCUUGUGCCAGACAGAGGCUUAUUAAUUAAUGUGAUCAAACAACCUUUCUAUAUUAUGAUAGAUGUUGAUUUUCAGCCAAUAAUCGCUUUAUUUAGUAUGCUAAAGCUUUUGGAAUAGAUGUCACAUUUAAUAAAAACAUGUCUAUAUCAAAGAGCACAUUAAAACAAUUACAAGCACAUUUUUAUUAAGAGAUACAAAUAAAAUAGCUUCUGACUUUUCCAUCUGAUAUAAAUGAGUUCCACCGCUGCUUCUCUCACUUAGCUGCAUGCUUUAUUGUUUCUGCUGACUCCGCACGUAUCGCACGUCUAAAGGCAUGGCGCAACAACAGUCGUGUAAUCUCCGUUUUGUGCAGCAUUUCAUUCCCUUUUACCCUCAGCGGUUUAGAGAUAUCCCAUCGCCUCUGAUCCAACCACGACUCCGACUUCCUGUUUUGGGACAUGUGACCUCACAGAGACCAGUGUCGGUGUGCGUGGUCACCGGGGCGUCACAGCUGUUCUCUGGCUUGUCU